UAGCGCUCCAACGAAGCAUCCAGAAUCCGUUAUAGCGGCAGCGCUUGGAACUAUCUGUUUCUAAAACGAUUAGUAGGUCUUACCGUUAUCUUUCCCCGCACCACUCGGCUCAAACAAUCGAUUGGUGCGCUCCCCCACCUUCAUGCACCUCUCGAUUUUGGGCGUCCGCCGGCGGAAGUUUUGAUCUUGUGAGUCACUCGCUUCAAGGUUUCGGCACUCAUUACCCUCAAUGCAACGACUCCGCCUCUAGAGACAACCUCCUCUACAAGUUCCGCUGAUUCGUUUCUUGCGAAAAUCCUCUGGAGAUGUCGCCCGAAAACCAACAUGUCAGCGCCCAUGCGCGAGGUCACGUGUGCGCAGUGCCCAAAGCGUGCGCGUUUCAAAGUAACGCACAUGCGAUGUACUGGUAAGGAACGCGCAAAUUAUAUCCACCGAUAAAUUUCGCUUGCGAAGCAUCCGCCUCGCAACGCAUUAGGUCAAAUGUCUGCGCUGCAACGACGCACUACGAUCGAAAAGCGAGAUUAGACGCCCAGCAAAGUUAAAGCAUCAACAUGACGGAGGUGACCAUUUGCAACUUCGAGCGUCUCGCUCCUGAAAUCGAGGCCGCUAUCGAAAAAGCCGCGUUUGUCGCCAUAGACACGGAAUUCACGGGUCUCGUUCAGGGACCGGACGCAAUGCCCAGCCUGUUUGACAGCAUCGAGGAGCGCUACGCCAAGCUGCGCCAGACCGUCGCUUCUUUCUACGUGUGUCAGCUGGGACUUUGCACGUUCACCUCUGUGCCGGAGGAAAAUAUUUAUAGGGCGAACGCGUUCAACAUCUACCUCUGUCCGCGCUCCUUCGGCAACGUGGACCCUCAGUUCUGCGUUCAAGCCUCUUCGGUGGAGUUUCUUUGCCAGAAUGGCUUCGACUUCAACAAGUGCUUCUACAAGGGCGUCCCUUACGCGGACAGGGCACGCCAGAGAGCCGCCGACCUGUACAUUAUGAACGAGCGGUACUUUGAGAAACCGUGCCUGACUAAAAUUUACGACUGCGUGCGCCACUGGUUGAACAACAACGACCGAACAAAAUCGGACGGCGACGAUUCGUUGACCGUGACGCCGCCCGAAGGCCUGAGUGUCGCGCUUGUCAUGACUAUUCUGAAGACACGUUUCCCCGGCGUCGAGGUUCACGUAUGUCGCGGUGGGCUGAAGCUGACGCUGUCCGAGGACUGCGAACCGCAACGCAUCGCCGCCGAAGGCCGGGCGCCCACGGAAACGGAGUUGCGCUGCGCCAUGGUGGGUUUCAGCCGCUGUUUCGAGGUGCUGGCGGCGAGCGGCAAGCCCGUGGUGGGCCACAACAUGCUACUCGACCUGCUGCUACUGUACCACCAGUUCUGCGAGCCCCUGCCGAAGUCGUACGCCAGACUCAAAGCGGGAUUGAACUCCGUGUUCCCGGUGGUGUACGAUACUAAGCACAUGUCGCUGCAGCUUCGGCAACAGGGUGUUCCAUGGCUGAAGGAAUUGGUGUCGGGUGCAAACCUGUUCUCUCUGCAUGAGGCUCUGAGCAACGCGGUAGUACCCUUCUCACCGCGCAUCGAAGGAGCACCCAAAGACCUACGAGCUCAUGAAGCCGGCUGCGAUGCCUAUGCAGCGGGCUUCGUCUUUCUAAAAUUGGCCCACAUAGUUGCUCAACGGUGUCCGACACCAGCCCGUGCUCUGUCCUGGCAGAGCCACCAAAAUGCUGUGCGGCGCUUUGCGAAUCGGGUGAACUUGAUCCGUGCCCAGUACCACCACCUCAGCCUGGGCACCGCCGACCGGACUGCCGAGACGAGACCCCCGUGGCUUUGUAUCCGCUCACCGGCCCAGGCACAGGUGCGGGCUGUGCUGGCACGCUGCGGCGUCGUCGACAUGCGCUGCCUUUCACGCAACUGCCUCCUAGUCGCCGUGGGCAACUUUGGGUGUGCGAGAGAAAUUGUGGAGGCCUUUGAAGAUGACCCCUCAGUAAGAGUGGUCAAGUACGAGUGGUACAAGCACGGCGGCAUCAUGCGGACCUGGCUGUGGAUGGCAACUGUCGGCACGCUUGCGCUGACGGCGGGGUGUGCACUGAAGCUAGCGUCCGGAAAGGUGCCUGCCCUGUGACGCACAUUAUCACAAGCCUUUCAAACAACGAAUAAAACUGAUUGUUCGGCAUGUUCCUAUCGUGCGCGUUUGGUCGGCGGUUCGUGCUCUUUUCUGUGGAUUAGCGCCACCUUUUACGUGCGCACUGGUUUUGGAUAUCAUGCCGACAUUGUGAUACAUUGUGAAAUCCUAGUCUUGUGAGUGUUUUAAGUAGCUCAAGUGAAUAAAAUUGAAAUAACAAGUA